AGUAGUUAUACCCAAAUUUGAUCGUAACUAAAACCAGGAUUUAGCAAAAUUAAGCAACAGUCAUUGUCCUGCAACAAUUUCAUGAAAUUAGCCAAAAAAAAAACUAAAACCGCAAAAUCCGAAUUAUCCAAAUUACCAUGAAGUCGAACCGAAUUCUAUUCCGGUUAUUUGAUAUCAAUAGUCAAACAUUAACACAAACCGAAGAUAACCAAAUCAUUUCGGUUAUAUUCCUCUCCGGUUAGCAUCUCUGAUGAUCACGACCAUGGCCUUGCGUUUCCCGUCUCGUCUCCUCUCCCAGCUGAAGCUAUCUCGGCGUCUACAUUCUCUUCCGGCACCGUUAUCUGAAGAUUCCGAUGACGAAUCUUUAAAAUUCCCAUCCAAUGAUCUCGAGGGCAGUUAUAUUCCCGUCGAUAGACGUUUCUACAACACGCUGCUGAAGAAAUGUACAGUCUUUAAAUUACUCACUCAGGGAAGGAUCGUUCAUGGUCAUCUUAUUCAAUCUAUCUUUCGUCAUGAUCUCGUUAUGAACAACACUCUUCUCAAUAUGUAUGCGAAAUGCGGAAGUUUGGAGGAAGCUCGUAAAGUGUUCGACAAAAUGCCUGAGAGAGAUUUUGUUACUUGGACUACUUUGAUUUCUGGUUACUCGCAGCAUGAUAGACCUUUUGAUGCGUUAGUAUUGUUUAAUCAGAUGCUGAGAUUUGGAUUUAGUCCUAAUGAGUUCACUUUGUCUAGUGUGAUCAAAGCUGCUGCUGCUGAGAGAAGGGGUUGUUGUGGUCAUCAACUUCAUGGGUUUUGUGUUAAGUGUGGUUUUGAUUCGAAUGUUCAUGUUGGUAGUGCUCUUCUUGAUUUGUACACUCGCUAUGGUCUUAUGGAUGAUGCACAAUUGGUUUUUGAUGCCCUUGAGAGCAGGAAUGAUGUUUCUUGGAAUGCUCUGAUUGCUGGCCAUGCUAGGAGAUGUGGUACAGAGAAGGCUCUUGAGCUUUUUCAAGGGAUGCUUAGAGAGGGUUUUAGACCCUCCCAUUUCUCGUAUGCUAGCCUCUUUGGUGCUUGUUCCAGUACUGGGUUCUUGGAGCAAGGGAAAUGGGUUCAUGCGUAUAUGAUUAAAUCCGGUGAAAAGCUUGUGGCUUUCGCAGGAAACACUCUUCUUGACAUGUAUGCGAAAUCAGGAAGCAUCCAUGACGCGAGGAAAAUAUUCGAUAGAUUGGCUAAAAGGGAUGUGGUGUCUUGGAACUCGCUGCUGACUGCUUAUGCCCAACAUGGAUUUGGAAACGAAGCAGUGUGCUGGUUCGAAGAAAUGAGGAGGGGCGGGAUUCGUCCCAAUGAAAUCUCGUUUCUCUCUGUGCUUACAGCUUGCAGCCAUUCUGGUCUUCUAGAUGAAGGGUGGCAUUACUAUGAAUUGAUGAAGAAAGAUGGGAUAGUACUCGAGGCUUGGCACUACGUCACGAUCGUAGAUCUUCUUGGGCGAGCCGGUGAUCUUAAUAGGGCACUGAGAUUCAUCGAAGAAAUGCCAAUAGAACCCACUGCAGCCAUCUGGAAAGCCCUGCUUAAUGCUUGUAGAAUGCAUAAAAAUACGGAAUUGGGAGCUUAUGCCGCUGAGCAUGUAUUUGAACUUGACCCAGACGACCCUGGUCCCCAUGUAAUACUAUAUAACAUCUAUGCAUCAGGUGGCAGAUGGAACGAUGCUGCGAGAGUGAGAAAGAAGAUGAAGGAAAGUGGAGUGAAGAAGGAACCUGCUUGCAGUUGGGUAGAGAUUGAGAAUGCAAUCCACAUGUUUGUGGCAAAUGAUGAACGUCAUCCACAGAGGGAGGAGAUUGCUCGGAAGUGGGAAGAGGUUUUAGCAAAGAUCAAGGAGUUGGGAUAUGUGCCAGACACUAGCCAUGUAAUAGUCCAUGUGGAUCAACAGGAGAGGGAAGUGAAUUUACAAUAUCAUAGUGAGAAAAUUGCUUUGGCAUUUGCGCUUCUCAACACCCCUCCUGGAUCAACCAUACACAUCAAGAAAAACAUCCGGGUUUGUGGGGAUUGCCAUUCAGCAAUCAAGUUGGCGUCAAAGGCGGUUGGGAGGGAAAUCAUUGUGAGAGAUACAAAUCGGUUUCAUCAUUUUAAGGAUGGUGCUUGUUCUUGCAAGGAUUAUUGGUAGUGGCCACUGGAAAAGUCAAUGGCUUCUGCCGGUGUGUGUGGAGAAAAGGCCAGUCGUUUAGAAUGAAUGAUUGUCACUGUAACACCCAUUCUCUAUUUGGUGGUUAGAGGUUUCUACCACCUUGAAUUUGGUUGUUGGAAGUGCUAAAGAAAGUAGAGGUGCGGAUGAUAUGCAGCAAAGGAGUUGGAAAAGCUUAACACAGCCAACUUUGACCAAAAGAUGCAGAUCAUUCAAAACACAUUGAAGGUGCUGCUUCAGUUGGCAAGCUCUUGGAGCAAGAUAACCUGGACCUCGGUUAUGGUGCAGCUAAAAGUUUAGUUGAGUUCACAUCCAACAUCACUUCACUUUUGAUCUAUCUGAAGAUUGUCUUUAGCUAACUCUUGAUGAAAACUAGGUGAAUAUGUGCAUAUGGUGAUAGCUAGUACCAUAGACUCCUAUGAAAGUGAUCAGGAUCAGGACAGAUCUGAUGGACAGACCCUCUGAAAGUGAGCAGGACCGCUCUGGUGUUGUUUAAGCUUCCCAAAAGACAAAGGCGAGUCAACAGGAGACAAAUGUGGGAGGCAUGGACUAUAAUCACUAAACUCUCUCUCCUUCACCAAUUAUCUUAACUUAAGAAAAGAGAUGCGAUUCUUUUAGGAGUCUUUGUCUUUGAUUUUGUUGCCCAAUCACUGGUUUCACAAUAAACAGCACACUUGGAAAAAUUUUAGACCAUAAGCAUCAUAUUUUUUUC